AUGUACGCAGUUGGUAUCGCGUUCUUCGGAGCUCUAACACAGAAAGCUUUGACGAGAGUUAGAACACACAUAUCUGUUCAGAGCCUACGGAAGCAAGCAGUCAUCAUAAACGUCCUAUACACCCAGACUAUAAUUCAAGUCGUUUUUGUGAGCAUCCCGUUGUGUUUCCUAGCUUUUCUCUUCGUUUCUGAAGCUGAUAUAUCAAAUGAAAGUCACAACUAUAGCAUUGCAGUUAUGGCGGCUGCUAAUGUUGUAGGACCAGCCUAUGUUCUCUAUACUAUCCCAGACUAUAGGAAAGCCAUCAUAGGGCUUCCCAAAGGAUUCAGCAAAAGUGAUAUACAAACCAUCACUCGGUCAUCAUGA